AUGUCUACCGACCCUAUCAAUGUGGUGAACCUCGAUAAUCUGAUCAUCAGACUAUUAGGGGUUAAAGACCCAAGAGAACGUUUAAACACAGAACUACCAGAAGGACGACAAUUGGAACACGUGGGUAGUGUAGCCCUUAAUCAGUUUAUUAAACCAGAAGCUCGAGCAUCAGUGCGUCGGCUAUCGAGCGAUUUCGAUUGGUAUGAAUUUCGAGAAUACUUACACAGGUGCAACAUAAUAGAGCGCGAUGUGCUCUUAGACCCAGGACCACCCUCAUCCGUAAUUUAUGCUGCCAGUUCCUGGAAUGUUCUUUUGGCUAGAGUUCAAUCGGGCGAUCAUCCGCUGACCGUGAAGUCCGACGGUUUGAGAUAUCUUAUAUUAGGCCCCCCGUCUGCAACGUGGAAUACGGCAGGAGCCCAAGCCGCAAUACCAGCUGGAGGUGGAGGUGGAGGAGGAGCUGGAGCUGGAGCUGGAGGUGGAGGAGGAGCUGGAGGUGGAGCUGGAGGUGGAGGAGGAGCUGGAGGCGGAGGAGGAGGCGGAGGUGGUGGAGGAGGUGGAGGUGGCGGAGGUGCAGGCCCGAGUUUAAUUCCAGGAAGACGGAUUGUGAGACCCGGUGCAUUGGAAUCACCUUUUCCUGGCUCUCAUGAUCGGAUAAUCAGCACACCUAGCCGUCGCCCAGUAGCGCCUGCUGCCGGGGCAUCAAGUGCUCGUCGAGGCGCGGGACGUGGUCCAACACCAGGCCGAGAUCUCCAGUCGGGUUCGAGACCGAUCCCUACUACAAGUGGCGAGGUGGAUAUUAAUGAUAUGAACUCUCUCGUCGAGGCCCCUAAUGCCCAACGCGACAAUGGCGAAGGUGAAUCAGGAGAUGCGGACGAGAGUAGCAUGGCAGACGGUGGAAACGCAAUUAUGAGAAUGCUCAACCUCGAGCAAGCAAAAAUUGAGCCGCCUGUAUGGGAAGAAGUUUGUGGGCUUUUCGGAUGUGAUACUAAUGUCACGGAGGUAGAAGUUCCAGGCCUUAGGUUAAGACUUAGGGGGUAUCAGAUGCACGCAGUUUACUGGAUGAUAAAUCAACCUCUUCGCAACAUCAGGGGCGGGAUGAUUGGAGACGACGUUGGGCUUGGAAAGACGGGGAUGACGCUGGCUACUAUCGUAAUUUCUCAUCAAAUUCAUAAAGCUUGGCGAGAUGUACAGCUCGAAUGGGAACAGAGGCGAAUAGUGGAGAGACGAGUGAAUUCGAAGGACCCCGUUCCUCGAUUCAAUCACCUUCCCGAUCAAAAAGGAGCACAAACGCCUCUCACGAAUUGCCCUAGUCAGGCGCAAUCUAGAUAUCGUUUCAUAUGCCCUUGUGUGCCGGGAUCGGUAGCUAAUCGGUUUGCGAGUCGAACAAUGGCGUCGGCUAGUAUAAUUGUCGCACCCUCAGAUUUACUUGAACAGUGGAUGAGAGAAGUUCAUAAAUGGAUUGACUUCUCGGAUGGAAGCGUUGCUGCAGAUAUGAUAUUUACUGUCGCUCACCGGUCUUGGAAUCGUAAGCCUGAGUCACACGAUGAAGAGGCUGUAGGCUUGACGCGGGGCGAGCUGCAAAAUUCGAAAAUAGUUCCUGUCACCACGCGGCGUAGCGUGCAAUCCCGAUACGUUAUAAUGGUAAGCAACCUCGGCGUGACAAAAUUGCUUGAUAUGUAUAAAACGGAGAUAGUGGACCCAAAGAACAGAAGAAGGAAGGUAUCAAUAUAUGAGCUAGGGGCCGGGUAUGUGUUCAUGGACGAGGUACACAAUUAUCAUGGGAGCAGGAAUAGCUCGACAGACCCUUUUAAGGCUCUAGAACGGCUCCGAGAUAGUUGCUCUAGAGCUCCUAUUGCCAUUGGUUUAUCAGCUUCGCUACUAGGCAGCGGUCCAAACCAUUGGCGACCAAUCAUCAACCAUAUUAUCGAUGCAGAGCCGCAGGCGGAGAAGGAGGCGCGAGAGCGCGAAUAUAAGCGGCUCUUACCAACAAUCGGAACGAUCAAAGAGUUAGACACAUAUGCAACUUCUUGGGAUUAUUUUGUUCAUAAUGAUCCGGACACCGAUCGUACAGGCGAAAAGUUUCGAGAGACUCCAAUUGGAAACCCCCCGGCACCUAUUCUUUGGGAGAUAUGCGAUAUGUUUGACGAAGAGGUCCAACGUUCCCAUCGAAGGUUGGCCAGUUUAGUGCGAAGUUGGCUAGACGACAAGUUUAAAAAGGCAAUGCUGGAGUGGGAAAAAGAUGGUAAAAGAGGCCCAGCACCGGUCAAGGAGUCGGUUCAAGCAAACGCACUAAACACCGGAGCUACUUAUACUUCAGUUAAUGCUUAUGAAGCGAUCAAACGUUCUUCGACAUUCCCAGCAGUCGCAAGACUCGUCUACGACCAGGUAAUUAAGUACGAAUUACUCUUAGGAAGCAGUAUUACAAGAUAUGCAAACGAUAUAACGAAUGCUCUCGAGCGGGGACUGUCUGAUCGAAUGGCGAAUGAAAUUAUAGAAGAGAACGUAAAAUCCACAUUGCGGAAAUCGGACUUAUGGGAUCAUCGAGAGGAAUUAGAAAGGACGUCUCCGAAGUUCCAUAAAAUAUGUGACUACAUCGACCAUAUAAUAUAUCUGAGGACAAACAUUUGGGAUAAUAGUACCGGAUAUCCCGACCCGGGACCCGAGCCGCAGGAUGGUAGUCGGGUUCGCCAUAUGUUAAUCUAUUGUGAUACUCAAGCUUCGGCCUUCAUAUUAUUUAUGCUGCUUUAUCAGAGGUACGGUCAGAAGAUUCAUUGGAUCUAUGCCCACGCCGGAAUACCACCCAACAGACGUUCCCCAAUGAUCGGACGGAUAAAUGAGGACUGUACCGCUCGAAGUCGGAAUAAGAUACUAGUAUCUACCUGCCAAGUGUCAGGAAAGGGCCAUAACUUGCAAAGGGCGAAUUACUGUAUCAUUCCCGAAUUUCCUCCAACUAGAGAUGAUCAGAAGCAAGCCGGCGGCCGUGUUGAUAGGACAGGUCAGACCAUGAAUCCUGUUGUCGUUCAAUUGUUGGACAAUGAAAACUUGGCCGAAAUGGUUCGAUAUCGGCGGAGUCGCUUAAGGGCACAGAUGGCGGAUGAGAGCAUAAGGGAAAAUGAACAAAUCGACAUCAACGACUUCUGCGAACCUCAAGGGGAACUUGUUAUCAAGGACCUUGCUAUCAAGCAACUAUCUUGA